GCCGUGACGGCGCAACUGGACCCGUCCUCCAUCAUUCGCCUAAACCACUUGGCCAAAGAGUGUUUCUUCAACUUGUUGUCGACCUGUGACCUUUCAUCGUACGACGCCUUUACUGAAAGUGUCAAAGAAUUGGUUGGCGAUCGAUCCUUCGACGAGAUUGGAGAAGUAUUGAAGAAACCCAAAGGCCACAACGGUAAACGCAAAGGUGAGAGCCACCGCAAGAAGUCUCUGCCCGACGCCAACGGAAUGCCUGUGCACGUGUUCCCCACAGUGCAGAUCUGGCACCGUCUGUGCGUGGUGUUUGGGGAAACGCUGGACCAACUGGCUGUGAAUGCGUUGUUGCUGAUUCUGCAGCAUGUGCUGGCGACGACUAUGGGCAUGGCGGCGGAUGUGGCCCACAGUUCAGACACGCUGACGGAACGGGAUGUGCAGAUAGCCAGCGACGGGUUCUCACUGCUGUCAAAGGUCAGGGGGAAGGCUUCUCCCAAGGAUAAGGAUGUAUCGGAUAAGGCUAUAUCAUACGUGGAGACGGCUGAGCAGUUCUUGCAGGCGGAGAAGAAGCUCGUGCGAGACUUGGACAUAGUGAUACAGGUGUUCUUCAACAAGCUGGAUCCGUCCAUCGCCCCAUCGAGCCCGUUUCUCCCGGAAGAGAUCUCCGCCCUAUUUGAUUCGUUUCAAAGGGUCCACGAGACGGCUUCGGCCUUCACCAUUCUGUUCGAGUCGAAGGUAGAGCAACGGGUGGUGCAUCUGGGCGAGAGCUUUGCGGAGUUUGUACUGUACCACGAGUACGAUGGGUACAUGACACACAUGCACAACUUCAAGUCCGUCCUAGACACCAUUGCGCUGCUGAGCGCACGAGACACACACGUGGCCUAUCUGGAGAAGCUGGGGCUGUCCUUCUCCUUCAAGUACAUUCUGCCGGUCUUGAUGUUUGAGCCAGUCAAUGUAGUGCUCAACUACUCGGCCGUGAUCAAGCUACUUCUUAAAGCCCAACAGAGCAAGGCUAAGAAAACAGCCGGUGAUGUGCAGGACGCGGCGAGUCUUCGCACAGCACUGACUCUGAUCAGUCCCCAAGUGGCGCAGGCGUCUGAGUAUGCCCUACAACUGCGCACAACUCAUUUCGAGCCGUUCUCAACCAUUGUGCCGCCGUUGGGUCUGAACAUGCCGCAGAAGCAAAAGGCCUUGCAGAGACAAAUCAUCAAACAGAGACUAGGGGGGGUACUCGACGUAACCACAGCCGAGGUGGUGGCUGAAUCCAAGCAGCUGCUGUGGGGUGACGCUGUAAACGUCUGUUCCGUGAACGGUGCCAGUGAGGGCAAGCUCAAACGCGGGAAACCACGCGCCUGUAUGGUGUACUCACUGGACACGGGUGUGGUGGUGGUCAAGGGCAUCGAUGAGAGCGAGGCCAAGGCCAGUGUGUUGCAUCUGAUCAGCAACGACAGUGUCAUGAUCUACCGCGGAGACGAGCGAGUUGUAUCCGAGCGCUUUGUGAUAUACAUGAAUAUAACCAAAGCUCCAAUUGGAAAGGAGCUGUCUGUCAACCCACCAGUGCAAUGGAACAUCAUCUCACAGUCACCACUGUAUUGUUGGUACGCACUUCAGCAAUGUGUAGAAGGCACCGCUUGCCCCUAA